UAGACAAAUUCUUAAAUUAAUUCUAAUUCUUUAUGGUGUUGAAAUACAUAUGACUAGUACAAACAUAUCGAUUAUAUCACUCAAAGCACAGGUAGCUUUAAGAUAAUAGACAGCGAUAUCAAAUAAUAUUGUGCAUUUAGGUGCAAGUUACUUCAUCAUUAGUUUUUAAAAAUACCGAGAAUAAAACUCCCUUUACCAAAUUUUACACAGAUGGAAUACUACCAUAUAAGCAUAUAAGCCAUAUACUUCUAGAGAUUGAGAUAUUAGGUUUUAGUGAGGGAAUAAAGCUACAUAGUUAUUUACGAGAAUUACUAUUAAAUCAGUGUAGGUAGUAAGAACAUACAACAGAAAACAAAAAGUGGCAGAAAUGAAGAGAUUUAUGUUAUGUCUUUCCUCUAUACGAAUUUAUAAGUAAGUAGUUUAAUGUUCAGCUCUGUAUUUAGAUUAAUUCAUAGAUAGAUUGUUUCUAAUUCACAAAUAGAAACUGAGAAUACUUUAAUAAUAUUCUACUCAAUUAGGAAUGAAUCGAGGGAUAAAAGUGGCUUAACACGUUCUCUUAUGGAAAGACAUACAAACAAUACAAUAAAUCGGAAAAAUAAUUACUUAUAACUUAUAAAUAUGAGAUAUUUUUGAGUCAACUUAAAAUGAAAAAGAUAUUCAGAGUAAAGAAAAAGAGUAAGUAAAAAGGCUUAACUGCAAAAGCAUCUUAUGAGAACAAAAAUGUAAAUCGUAACCCUAAAACUACUUAAACAAUAGGAAUAAAUGGGAAAACAUUCGACACAUUUGAGUAACUUCUUUGAGAAAAACAUUGAACUAAUCUUACCGGAUGUAAUAUAGGACUAGUAAAAUAUACAUGGUGUCAUAUAGCUUAAAUACGACUUGUUUUGUGAAACUUUCGUCUUCUAAUAUCAGUAACUACAAACAUUGAACAGUGUAAAUACAUCCUGUAAACAGGAUGUUGGCCAACUAAAGCACUAAAUAAAAAAAAUCAAGUCGUACGUAUAUUAGUCUUAAACAUACAACUAAAUAAAGAUAUUUCUCGGAAUUGGCUCCCGGGAGAUAUUAGAUAUAAUUAAAAAUUAUAAGUAAUUUCUUCGUGCUUAGCUUAGGUAUUGUGGCUGUUAUACGCCAAUCAAUUCAAUAUCAUUAAUAUAAUAUGGCAUGUGUGCGCUUUUGGCGACAUAUGACUAGGAAUGUUGGGAACUUAUCUAACAUUAAAAUAGUCUUAUCACAUUCAAUGAUAUCGAAAAGACAAAGCAGCAAAAGUGCAGAAUCAAGAAGAAACGUUAAAAAUUGGAGUUUUAGGUAAAUCGUAACUGUAAAAUAAUUUUAAAACGUUGGACAACACUUAAGGCAAUUAGUUUAUAGUUUUACGGGUACAUUGAUAAGGACCAUGUUUAAUAAUUUUGCUUGUACUUGACUUUCUAGCUUAAUAUACAGGGUGUACCAGAGAUGCAGAGAUGGCCAUUAUUUUCUACGAAUUUAUCGAACGUAAGUAAAAUGCUCUGAAUAAAUUAGUGUCGUCCAAAAUUGUGCAGUUUGUUUCUUGACUAGCGAUAGAGAGAAGACAUUUUUAGAGAGAAAGAGUAUUUUUAAAAUAAAUUUCUUGUUAAUUGAUUUUCGAUUUAAAAUUGUUAGAAAUUAUGGCAUAUUCCACAUCGCUUGCUUUUUACAUACAAUUCUGAAGCGAAAGUGUAUGAAAUAUAGUAUGAGCGAUAACAGGAGUAAUUACAGUUACCAAAAUUUGUAAGUAUAGGAAAACUAAAAAUUAUUUUUUAUAGAUAUAAAAUCAACCAACUAAAGUCAAUCCAGAAAACUCCAACAGUAAGACAAUUGUUUGUUUCUUAAUUUUACUUGCUUUAAAUUGUAAUUUGUACCACACAAAUGGCAAUAUAUUAUUCAAAUUUUCAGGUGGAGCAGGUGGAGCACCUAUUUACAAUUUUAUUGACAUUGAAGUCAAGGAAUUCGAAAAAUCUUAUUUUAAAAUUAACAAGUGCAUAGAUCGUUUUAAUGAAACGACAAUGUUCGCAAUGUUUAGCCAGUCGUGUUGAGAGGCAAUUCAAACCGGUCACGCAUGUUAUCUUCGAUUUAGACGGGGUGAUUAUAGAUUCCGAAAAAAUAUACAAAAAAGCUUUUCAGAAAACAGUUGAGGAUUAUGGCCAGACAUUCACUGAUGCCUCUUACCGAAUGAUGUCCGGACGUACAGGUGCAAACGUCGCUAAAAUUACCAUAAAGGAAUACAAUCUAAACGUUUUGCCAGCGGAUUUAAUCAACAAAUAUCGCGGAUAUUCAUACCCUGCCCUGAUCAAUGUUGAGCUUCUUCCAGGUGUUGAGAGACUAAUCAAACACCUGUACCAACACCAUGUACCGAUUGCUAUAGCGACAUCAUCCGCAAAGGAAUCGUUCAUGAUGAAAACAAGACGAUUUGGACAUUUAAUAAAUCUGUUCGACCACAUAGUUUGCGGUGGCGAUCCGGAAGUGAAAACCGGCAAACCAGAUCCGGACAUUUAUUUAGUGUGUGCUUCCAGAUUUGCACAAAAGCCUCAUCCUUCAAAAUGUUUGGUCUUUGAAGAUUCAGAAAUAGGACUGAGGGCUGCAUUGAGUGCUAACAUGCAAGUGGUUUUGACACCAAACGAAACCGUUCCGGAAGAAAUUUGGGCGCUCGCCACUUUAAAAAUCGAGUCACUUGAAGUCUUUGCACCCGAUUUGUUUGGCUUGCCAGCGUUUACUUAGAGUGAAGGCGUCCAAAAGCAAAGUAGCAAUUCCGCAAAUCAAAUUAUUCAAUCCGAACAGAAAGAUAUUAUCACCUGCUACACCUGUUUUUCCUUUAAAUAGUAGAUAUUAAAAAUGCGAUAAUAAACAACACCAUAUUGUUUUAG